CUCCGGAAGGGGAGGGGCGCGGCGCAAGGCGUCCUGGGAAACGUAGUCCAGAAACUCCGAGAUGACCCCCAACAAUUGAGGGAAGGAGAAUUUUCUCAAGUGAUUUGACACACAAAUGUGUAUGGGUCAUAGUCACUCAUCUUUUGGCAUCUGAACUCACUCUCCCAGAGCCUCACCCAGCUUUUCCUCUUCCCUGAGCUGGAAGAUGAGAGGAGGUGACCUCUAAGAAGCUGAGGCCUGUAGGAAACAAGAACCAGCGCACAGGCCCUUGUGUCUCCUCUUACUCUACUGGGUCUCCUGCUGUGCUCUCCACCCAGGACCUGCUGCCUCUGUGCACUACUAGGUGCACAGCCCAACCAGUGUCAUUUCUAAACUAAGAAAGGAAGGAAGGAAGGGAGGAAGGAAGGAAGAAAAAAAGAAAGAAGUUUAAAAAAAGAUAUAGGGAAGACCUAGAAAGGAGCCCUCUAAAGGCUCCCAGAGAGACAGGAGCUGCCUUUUUUUUUCCUUUUUUACAUUAAAUGAGUUAACAUGCAAAUAUCAUGCUCUUUGGCUCUGCUUCUGUGGAUCCAGAGCAAAGGACUGCCGCACGCCGGGAGAAAGCCCAGAUCCAACAAGCUGCUGCUGUCCAGCUCUGCUCCUCCCUGCUCAGCUAGGGCACUUGCUCUUCCCUGUUCUCACCAGAGAGGCACAAGCGCUCCGUCCCUUCCAGUGGCAGGCGAAGGGAAGAGAAAGGGUCUGUUGUUUUUCUCUCCUUGUUUCUCUCUCCCUCUCUGCUGAUUACCAAGCUGCUGACCGGAUCAGAAAGCUCUAAUGGAAAUCCUCCAGUGCUGGGCAAACCCCUCCUCCUCCAGAGAGCUUGUCUUUGACUAAUUUUUCUUUCUCCCAAUGGGAAAAAGAGAGAGAGAGAAAGAGGAAAAAAGAAAACCCACAAACUUCCUUUGAAAACCAGUUUGUAGUUAGGGCCUGGAGUGCGCACGCGGAGACUCAGCCUCUCAAGAAUCCUGAAGCCACUCUGAGCCACCACCGGGAGCACCUGGGCUGUGCCCCUGCUUGUCCUCACCCUACUGCGGUGCCCCAGUCCUGGGCGUGAGUCCGGAAGUAGCCACAACCCAGCCUGGACGGCCAGCCACGCUUGUAAAGCUGUGUCAACCUGUAUAAGCUGUGGACAGCCGGCCUGGUGGUGCCCUCGCUGAUCCCACCUCCCCCAUCAGACUGCCAGAGCUGCUCCGUCCUGGAACUGCACCCACUUCUUUAAGGGAAGCUGGCUCCACUCAAUGUGUUCAGUCCCUCCAGAACUAUCACUCUCAAGCCUAGAAGCCCAAGGCACUGUUGGUUCCAUCUGGUCACAAGUUAAAAGUGGAAAGAUCUCAGUCUGAAUCCUGUUUAUGCAAGUUUAGAAAGGCAUGUACUACUUGUAGCCAGGAGUGCCUGUGCAGAUACACAGCCAGCCUUCCAUACAGCAUUCAUUUUCUAAGACUUCUCUGGGUGGCUUUGCUUUCUGGCUCAACGAUCUUCUUCUUACUGGACAGGUCUAUGUUUUGCCUACCAAGACUGACAUAGGCAAGCCCUUGAGGUUAGGAAACAUCCUCAGCAUCCCUCAGUUGACUCCCUUCCCAUCAUGGAGCACCCUCAGCCUGAACAUCAGUCCUCGGGUAAGGCCAGGAAUGCAGAAACAGACACCUCUGAAAACCAGGAGGUCCUCUCAGGACCAGAUGAGUACCCUCAGGACCAAGACACCAGAGAUGCUGAUGAGGAAGCUGCAAAACAAGAGCCAGGAGACCAAGCUUUGUUACCAACCCAGAGUGGGGAGAACCUUGAGUCCCCUCCUCCUGAAACUAACUCAAGUCAACCUGGGCCAUCCUGUAGCAUAUCACCUGAGGUAGAGACACUAGGAGCAUGCUCCGGGCCCCAGGAGCUUCCCCAGUCUCCGAGGACCCAACAGACUGAGCCAGAUUUCUACUGUGUAAAAUGGAUCCCCUGGAAGGGAGAACGGACACCCAUCAUCACCCAGAGCACUAAUGGUCCUUGCCCUCUCCUUGCCAUCAUGAAUAUCCUCUUCCUUCAGUGGAAGGUGAAGCUAUCUCCCCAGAAGGAAGUGAUCACAUCAGAUGAGCUCAUGACCCACCUUGGAAACUGCCUCUUGUCCAUCCAACCUCAGGGAAAAUCAGAGGGACUUCAGCUUAAUUUUCAGCAGAAUGUGGACGAUGCAAUGACAGUGCUGCCAAAGCUGGCCACCGGUCUUGAUGUCAAUGUGCGAUUCACAGGCGUCUCUGACUUUGAGUAUACACCCGAAUGCAGUGUCUUUGACCUACUAGGCAUACCUCUGUACCAUGGCUGGCUUGUUGAUCCACAGAUGACCAGUGUACCUCCACAUCAUGUAAGACCACAAGAACGGGAAGUUAUACUCCAUAGUCCAGAGGCUGUGAGCGCAGUUGGGAAACUGAGUUACAACCAGCUAGUAGAGAAGAUCAUCACCUGCAAACACUCCACUGACCCCAACCUCGUGACAGAAGGCUUGAUCGCAGAGCAGUUCCUGGAGACCACUGCAGCACAGCUGACCUACCAUGGCCUGUGUGAGCUUACAGCGGCUGCCAAGGAGGGUGAACUUAGUGUCUUUUUCCGCAACAACCACUUUAGCACUAUGACUAAGCACAAGAGUCAUUUGUACCUACUGGUCACUGACCAGGGUUUUCUCCAGGAGGAGCAAGUGGUAUGGGAGAGCCUGCACAACGUGGACGGAGACAGCUGCUUCUGUGACUCUGACUUCCACCUGAGUCAUUCCCUCGGCCAGGGCCCUGAAGCACAAGGUGGGGGUAGCUCCCCAGAGAAGCAGCUGCAGGUAGACCAGGAUUACCUGGUGGCCUUGUCCUUGCAACAGCAGCAGCAGCCACAAGGAAUGCUGGGCCUUAGUGACCUGGAGCUGGCCCAGCAACUUCAGCAAGAGGAGUAUCAACAGCAGCAACCAGUCCAGCCUGCGCAGAUGCGGGCCCUGUCACCCCAGGGGAGAGGAGCCACGUCAGGACGCCCAGCCGGGGAGCGCCGACAGAGGCCGAAGCAGGAGUCGGACUGUACUCUGCUAUAGCUCUGCCCGCUGCUCUUCUGAGCUGCCCAGUUUCUCAAGAGGCUGUGGUUAGGUUGCUGCUCCCCCAUCUCAACCCCUGAGAUACAUGGGGUAGCUUAUUUAUGGACUGUUUUGUUGGGGGUCAGACCAGGCAGUGGUAGAUACCAAGGUCAAACUCGGUAAUGUGCUGCUGCCUUCUCUUCCUCCCAGGGCAACACUGGGAUGGGCCCGGUGCAGAUGUCUGAUUCCUAACUCCCUUUCCCGGAAAAAUCACAUGAACACACGACUCAGGGUGAGGGCCUAUCUGGGCUGCACCUCUCUCCCUCCUCCCUACCCAGCAGGCCUGUCUUCUUUUGCUUCAGGGUUUGAUUUGGGUUUCUAUAUCUGUUAUUUGUAAUGCCUUCCUAGGGGUUUGGAAAUAAAAUUCUUUCCUGAGAUGUUA